UUGGGGGUUGGGGAUGUUCAGAUAGUUGGCGAGCCCUCAGUUGUGAGGAAGGCUCUUCUUCAAGUGGCAUCUCGCCUUCAUGAGAAUCCAUCACGUUCCCAGCACCUGCUUCUGUCUUCCUCGGCUAACAUUUAUCAAUCUACUGGUAUGUUCUUGAGUGCCCCACUUAUGGGUUCUUAUGGGAAUCACUCAACUCGAAGAGAUGAAGCUUCUGCAAGGGAAUUUUCUCUUCGUUUGGUGUGUCCCACCGGAAAUAUUGGAGGUGUGAUAGGGAAAGGUGGUGGCAUUAUUAAACAAAUUAGACAAGAAUCUGGAGCAUCUAUUAAAGUUGAUAGUUCAGGAGCCGAAGGAGAUGAUUGUAUUAUAUUUAUAUCAGCAAAGGAGUUCUUUGAAGACCCAUCUCCCACCAUUAUAGCUGCGCUGCGCUUGCAACCACGAUGCAGUGAGAAAGCAGAAAGGGAAUCAGGUGAUUCUGUAAUCACCACCCGUAUACUAGUUCCGAGCUCACAGAUUGGAUGCCUUAUUGGAAGAGGCGGAGCUAUUAUAUCUGAGAUGAGGAGUGCUACUAGGGCAAGCAUUCGAAUUCUUUCAAAUGAAAACCUUCCCAAAGUUGCAUAUGAAGAUGAGGAGAUGGUGCAGAUCACUGGAAGUCUUGAUGUUGCUAGUAAUGCCCUUUCACAAGUAACUUUGCGCUUGAGAGCUAAUAUAUUUGAAAGGGAGGGAGGAUUAGCUGGAUAUCCUCCGGUGCUUCCUUAUGUCCCCAUGUCAGUGGACAUGUCAGAUGGUACAAAACAUGGAAAUCGUGAUAGCCAAUCACGUGGACGUGGAUAUUCUUAUGCAUCUGGUGAUGUGCCUGCUCGUGACAGUUAUGGAAGUUAUGGUGGUUCACUGAGUGGUGGCGAUAGUCUUUAUGGAGCGUAUGGUGGCCACUCUUCCGGUCGUGGGUUAUCUGGUCAGAAUUCAACCUCUCAAAGAAAAAAUCAUGGGCAUUAAUACCUGAUUGUAGGCCCUGCAGCUAGUGAAAGAGACACUGCAAUUAGCUGAUGGCAUCUUUACCCUAGCCAACCGUUGUCUGCCUAGUAGGAUCUAAUGCACCAUUUUCCCUUUAUUGCCUUCCCUCUCCCAUCUAAACAGUUGUGAAUUACAAAUCCUGAAGUCAGCCCUUUGCCCUUUUUGAUGAAGCCUCCUGCCUAGACCAGAAGAUCAGCUGCACAGGGUUUGACUAAAUUAUGCUUUGCACCCUUGAUGCUUUGUUUAGGGUGAACAGCAUUAUCUGAUGAUGCAAUUCACUGUACAAUCUUUUGUGGCCUUGACUCCAACAAUUAUUGGGUUUAUAUUGUGCCUCCCAAUGGUUUUUGCAAGCAGAGUGACUUGAAUGUCAUAGCACAAUAUGUAUUUCCCUGUAAAACUUGCAUGAUUGUUUGCCAUGACUUUGUUUCCUUGGAUUUAUGAGGGAUUUUUUUAGUUGCAGAAUUGAAAUGCCAUUUUGUUUUCAAUGUAAGUGUGGAUAACAAAAUUGUGGCUCUAGAGCUUUGAACUUCAAUUUUGUAUUCUAAAAUGUUACUGCACCAUCAUGUUGGGAGUGCUGUAUUUUGGUUUCA